AUAUUGUGGUAUACCUACCUCACGAUAGAUAUAUGCGGGCUACCAUACUAUGAGCAGUCAAUAAACGAGCUUCACUGUGGCCGGUUGUUUUACUAGUUACUACCCGAUAUCUCAGUGUCGACGAGGUGCUAAUUAAUUUAUCCACGCGUUCAAAAUGGCGGCGUUUUUAGGAAAUUUAUCUGUUUUUGAUCACAAAGUGCAAGAAUGGGAGAUAUUUUUCAGCCGUUUAGAUCAGUUUAUCAAACUUAAUAAAAUAGACAAAGAUCUAAAAAGUGCCGUACUGUUAACGCAUUUAAGUGAUGAGUCAUAUCGGUUAGUCAGUAACUUGGUACAUCCAAAAAACAUUCAAGAAGUGCCAUAUGAUGAGCUAGUUAAGGCUCUGGACGAUCAUUUUAAACCGAUAAGGUCAACGUUCGGUGACAAAGCAAAGUUCUAUGACGCAAUGAAAGGGCACGAAGAAAGUGUCGAAGAAUGGGCGGCGCGACUGCGUGGACUGGCGAUCCACUGCGGCUUCGGCACAGCCCUGGACACCGUUCUUCGUGAUCGGUUCGUGCUCGGAUUCCACACCGGGCCGGAGCGAGACCGAUUGUUUGAGCAGAACUCGACCGAAUUGACCUUCGCAAGGGCGGUGGAGGUGGCGAAGCAGGCUACGAGCGCGCGCGCAGCGCGGGUGGCGGCCGGGAGCUCCCUGGCAGCAGCACCGUCGGUGAAGGAGGAGCCGCUGUACCGCAUGAGCGGGGCCCGCGGCGGCGCAGGCCGGGCCGCCGCCGGGCCCGCCCGCCCCGGGAACGAAGAGCGGUGCAAAGUGUGCGGUCUCCGUAAUCACAAUGCGGAAAAGUGUCGGUAUAAAAAUCUAAAGUGUCAAAAGUGUGGAAAGAAAGGCCACCUAAAGAAAGUGUGUGUAAAAAAAGAGUGUAGUGUGCAUAACCUAGAUGUCGAUACGGAAUGCGACGAGAGCAACCUUCAGGCAAUCUGUAAAGAGUGCGAACUAUUUCAUUUGAGGUAUGUCAACUAUGACCCAAUUCUAGUAAAUGUAGACAUAAACAAACGAAUAUUUAAAAUGGAACUCGAUUCCGGUUCAAGCGUUAGUGUUAUAUCUGAAAGUUUGUACAACAAUUAUUUUUCAAUGGAAUGUUUGGAACCAUGUAACUUAAAGAUGUGUUUUUAUAAUGGCCACAAAAUCACACCCGUUGGAUGUCUAAAACUAAACGUAUCUUAUAAUGGUAAAUAUUGUCAAAUUAUAUUUUAUGUUGUAAAGAAUGGUGGGCCACCGCUUGUGGGCCGCGAUUUUAUGGCCAAGUUUAAAAUUUCUUUGUCACAAAACCAAAUUAAUGUGGAUACAAAUGAUGAUAUAAAACAGCUGAUGAGUGAGUUUGAUGACCUGUGGAAAAAUGAGUUGGGUUGUUUUAAUAAAUAUGACAUACAAUUACAUUUGAAGGAGAACGCAAGGCCUCGAUUUUUUAAACCUCGCACUGUACCGUUUGCCCUAAAAGAUAAAGUCGAACAGGAAUUACAAAGAUUAGGGGAAUUAGGUAUUUUAAUACCGGUUGAUCAUGCUCAAUAUGCGACUCCUAUUGUUCCUGUACUGAAGGAAAAUGGCAAAGUCAAAAUUGCGGGCGAUUUCUCGGUAACAUUAAAUCAAGAUUUACUUGUUGAAAAAUAUCCUAUGCCUAGAAUCGAGGAAGUGUUUGUAAAACUAAGGGGGGGAGAGAAAUUUUCAAAAAUUGAUUUAUCUAAUGCAUAUAAUCAGUUUAGGAUCUCUGAGGAAUCGCAAGGUUUAACUACAAUUAACACUUCAAAAGGACUUUUUAAAUAUACAAGGUUGGUCUAUGGACUAGCCAACGCGCCGGCCAUAUUCCAGAAAGCUAUGGAAACACUACUCGCGGGGAUUGAAGGUGUUAGCAUUUGGCUAGACGAUAUCUGUUGCACCGGUCCCGAUAAACAAACACAUUUAAGUAGGUUGAGAGAAGUUUUUAGUAGGUUAAAGGACGCAGGAUUACGUUUACAAAAAGAAAAGUGUGUGUUGUUCCAAGAUAGUGUGACGUACCUUGGUUACGUCAUAGAUAAGAACGGCCUGCAUACUAGCCAGGAGAAGGUGGACGCGAUCGUCAACGCGCCGGAGCCGACGGACGUCACGGGGGUGAAGCGGUUUCUCGGGAUGGUAAAUUACUAUAGAAAUUUCAUUCCGAAUGCGUCAUCCAUACUAGGUCCUCUCCAUGAGCUGCUACGCGCGGACGCGGCGUGGGAGUGGGGCCCGAGGCAGCGGCGCGCGGUGCAGCUGGUGCGGCGCGAGCUGGCGUCGGAGCGCGUGCUGGCGCACUUCGACCCGGCGGCGCGGCUCGUGCUGGCCGUGGACGCCGGCCCGCACGGCCUGGGCGCCGUGUUGGCGCAGAUAGGCGCCGACGGACAAGAAAGGCCAUUGGCAUUCGCUUCAAGGUCGUUGGGACAAAGUGAAAAAAAUUACAGCCAACUUCAAAAGGAAGCGACGGCCAUUAUAUUUGGAAUAAAACACUUCCAUCAAUAUUUGUACGGGCGUAGCGAACCUUUUAUCCUCAAAACUGACCAUAAACCCUUGCUAUCUAUAUUUAGCAAUAAAAACGGUAUUUCCGUUACAUCAGCUGCUCGAUUACAAAGGUACGCAUUACUACUGUCGGCCUAUAACUACGUAGUGCAGUAUAUACCGAGCGAUAACAAUGUUGUUGCCGAUUAUUUUUCACGCGCCUCAUUAAAAGACAGUACAGUCACGUCCGAAAAUGAUACAGAAAAGCUGUAUUUGAACUAUGUAUGUGCUAACUCUUUGCCAAUAACAUUUAAUGACCUGAAAGCGGCAACUGAAAGUGAUGUCACUUUGCAGACAGUAAUUAAGUAUAUGCAGAACGGCUGGCCGCGGAAAAUAAGUUGUACUUCGAUAGCACCUUAUUUCAAAUGUAAGACAGACUUACAGUAUGAAAAUGGGUGUUUAUUAAGAGGACAUAGGGUUGUAAUUCCUUUACAGUACAGGGAAAGAAUGUUAGAAGAACUACAUUCCGGACAUUUGGGUAUAACCAAAUCAAAACAUAUGGCUCGAAGCCGAAUGUGGUGGCCGGGGCUGGAUAGUGACAUCGAGCGGUACAUAGGUUCGUGCAGUCAGUGCGCGAGCGUCCGCGCCGCGCCGGCCCGCGCCCCCGCGCCCUGGCCGCGCCCCGCCGGGCCCUGGCAACGAAUACACCUAGACUACUUGUCUGUAGGGCAAACGGUAUAUUUGGUGGUCAUUGAUGCGUUCAGUAAGUGGCUUGAAUGUAUAUGUAUGAACAAUGGGACAUCAACGAGUGCUUUAAUAUUAAAGUUAAAGAACCUAUUUUCUGUUUUCGGGUUGCCAAACUUAAUCGUAAGCGAUAAUGAUGUUAAGAUUAAUUCUGUUGAAUUUAGGGACUUUUGUCUUUGUUACGGCAUAAAAUAUUUAACAUCACCGGUGUAUCACCCUUGUAGUAAUGGCCAGGCCGAAAAUGCGAGCUUCGAAAUAGUGUUGGAGGAGUGUGGUAUACCUACCUCACGAUAGAUAUAUGCGGGCUACCAUACUAUGAGCAGUCAAUAAACGAGCUUCACUGUG